CCAUUCUUGCCUCUUGAAUCCGUGCCCAAAUCAAACCAGGAUCGCUUGUUGGAAGGGCGGCUCUUUUUCUCAUGCUCGAAGGGGUACCCCCUCAUGGUGUCCUCGGUGAUCCACUACAAGCCCCAGGAGGAGCAGGCCAAGAGAGCCAGGCAGAAACGGAUCGACGAGCGAGGGGCAGAGGCUUUCCAAAUUCCGAAAAGAGAUUGGCGAGGCUUCAGCUACGCGCAUCUGUUGCCGGCUAGCACCGGCGCGCCUGGCGGGGACAGCAGUGUCGGCAGUACCGCAGGCGGCGCUACUGCAGCCAUCCUCGGAGGUGGUGGAGGCGGCGUCGAAAGCGAAGGAGAAGGCACCAUAGGCGGGGGUAGUGUUAGCGGGGCGGGGGGGAUCGGGGACGGAGGAGACGGAGCGGGGAGCGAAAAGAUGCCCUAUAAGGCAGGAUUCCUGGACGACCCGGCGUUAAAGGUCGGCAGGCACCGACACAUGACGAAGGGUGACCGAAACACCGGUCCCGUGGUGAGCUCAGUUCUGCUGUUCGUGAAGCCUCGGGUUCUGAAGGACGAGCUCAACGCUCGUUUCCGGGAGGAGCACCCUCUGCUCCCACCGUCCCUCACGCUCAGCAAGAUUCGCUCCGUCAAGAGGCAGGCUCUGCUCGGUUGCUACCGGGCGGGCAUGGAGGUUUCCACCGUGGCUUUGGCCAGCAUCUACUUCGAGAGGCUCUGCCUCGCCGGGGUGGUGACCAAGCCCAACCGACGCCUGGCGAUGGCGGCGUGCCUGGCGAUAGCCUACAAGUUUAACGAGGCCGUGUUGGAGGGGGUGAGCAAGCUACCGGCGCUGUGGGCCUUCAUCGAUCAAGAGUGGCAGGUAAGCAAGAAACGCGUGCUAGAGGCAGAGUUCGGCGUCCUCGUCCAGCUGUCGUUCGACUUGCACGAAGACCCGAGGGAUAUCUUCCACCACUUCGUGCUGCUCCUCAAGAUGGUCGAGUCGAACGCCACCUUGUACCUUGGGGAGGAAAUGAUGGGCCUCCACCAGGAAUCUCUCGAAACCUUCUUCCGAGAAGGCACCAACGAGGACGGCGCCAGAACGGUCAGUGGCGCCGCCGCCACCGCCGCCGCAACCGCCGGCGGGGGGCAGGAUUCCCCGGGGGGCGGGCGUCCCGUAUCGGACAGCGGCGCGGCAGGCGCGGACGCAGCGGGCCGUCCUCGCGUGCACGAUUCGCAGCAGAGGUACCCGUUCUUGGAAACGCCCGCUUGGCUCCAGCGUAGACCCACGAACAGGACUCGCUGGCUCGCCGGCUGGAGAGCAGGCUUUGCGCAGGAGAACGAUCCGGGAGCCGGUGCCGGAAAGCAACCCCUCCAUGCUCCCGCGCCCGCGGCUGGAGAGGCAGCCGAUCGGUGGUCGAAGGCAGCCGCGACCGCGAAGCUGGAAAAGCUGAGGCAGGCUGGGCAGGGGUUGGGGAAGGUGACGAGACAGCGGAGCCAGCGGCUGAACAAGGACGUCAGGAGCGGAGUGUCGUCGUUGCUGGCCCACGGAAUCUCUUCCACUCGACGGGGACAGAGGCGUCGACGCAUGGAGUCCUGACGAAGCUUUCGGGUGGCCAGUUGUGCCUCCGCGGGGCGGGGCCGGUCAUCGAUUUUUUAGUAGAACGCAGAAGGGGAACAGGUGUAGCAUGAGGGGUUGGAUCACUUUAGACAUGUGGUUUGAUCUUACCGAAGGAAACAAGCGCGCCAAGCAAGAUUGCUUUUCGAUGAGACGUGGUUUGUUGGAGGGGGGAUUGAAUUGGACGAGGUAUGGGCAUGUUACUACUGACAUACACGUGCCAGUGGAAAACAGAACAUGGCCAGAAUGCGGUUAUUGAAUGCAGCGCUGCUUGCUGAGUGUGAUUCCCCGUCGUUCGAGCGGCCUCAGCUAGCGUGCAAAAAUGCUUGGACUUGAUUUACAGAACGGGCCCGGAGAUAAGAAAUGUAACAAUUGGGUCGAGGCUCAGUUUCUUAUUUCAUCGCCACUCUCGAGCACAGACAAGUUGUUGUACCUGUGUUUAGUCUAGGAUCCACCGCUAAGCUGUGCUACUUACCACUAUUCUCUUAGUUUUCGUUAAACUUUGAGCAUUUGUUUCUUAACGAAAUAUUUCUUAAAUUUGGAGCUCGUUGAUGAGUCGCUGACACAGGGCAUAUGAAGAAGUUCAAGCAACGACGGGAAAGAUGUAGGGGGGAGUGUACUCAUCGUGUCGUCCAUGCCGUCGUCGUUAGACCAUUGACCUCGCAUCCGUACAAAGCCGGGACGGAGCACGCCGGUUUCUCACCGGACCAGGCCGUCACGUUACCAAGCGCGAAGCACCGUGAAGUAUUCGCCGAGUCGCAUGAGGGGUGCGCUCCGUCCUGCUAAGUGUGGUCGACAUGUUGUGCUUACUUCCUUGCGUACGGAUGGCAGCUGCGUAUGAUUUGUAUUAUAUUUUGGUGUUUUAAUUUUCAGAGACCGUUAAAAGCACUGUGUAACUGCC